UCUCCAACCAUCACAAGCACCUAGCAAUCGAGCCAUAUCAAGAGCUAGCUCCUCUCGAAGCUCACUCUGCUGUGCCUGUGAUCAAGAGGACACACACUGCAGAGUGCAGCAAUGGCAGGCAAGCAGGCCUCGGUCGCGCUGUUCCUGGCCGUGAACAUGGUGGUGUUCGCCAUGGCCAGCGCCUGCGGUGGCCACUGCCCCACGCCGGCGACACCGUCGACGCCGACCCCGACGCCCGCCUCGUUCGGCAAGUGCCCCCGCGACGCGCUCAAGCUGGGCGUGUGCGCCAACCUGCUGGGCCUGAUAAAGGCCAAGGUGGGCGUGCCGCCCACGGAGCCAUGCUGCCCGCUGCUGAAGGGGCUCGUCAACCUCGAGGCCGCCGUGUGCCUGUGCACUGCUAUCAAGGGUAGCAUUCUCGGCAUCAACCUCAACCUGCCCGUCGACCUUAGCCUCAUCCUCAACCACUGCGGCAAGACCGUGCCCACCGGAUUCAAGUGCCUCUAAGCUAGCCAAGAGCAUGCCCGCGUGUUCUUUUUCUUGUCACUUCGUCUCUUAUUGUCUUCUUGCUAGCAAGCUCUGCAUGAGUACCUACAUGCAUCGGCGCGAACACGCGAAGUACGUACGUAUGUAACCGCUUUGAUGAGCAGCUUUCGUUUUUGGGUGUUUCUUUUUAUGUAAGACAGUGUCACUGAACUAUUUGGACUGUAAUUCUUUUAUUUGUAUCCAACAAGAUGCUUGAUGAAUAAAGCUUAUAUUGUUCAAAAUA